AUGGCUAAUGCUCUUGACACUCUCCACAUCUAUGGUAUCACCGUCGAUAUCAGCAAGUCGAAAACGAAUAUAGAGUCUGCUGAAGUACGGAUCGGCAAAUCACAUUCGCCAAUCGAACUUAAACGCGAAGAGCCCGAAGGAAGGAGUUUGCGACACACAUUUUCUUUACCCAAGGUGUUUUCUCGCGACGAAUUAUUUUCCUUACAUAUGCGGCACAAGAAUCAUUUUCUGAGAACCAAGCAUCAUAAUGACGUUACUUUCGACACAGAUGAGAUAUUCCGUGCGUAUGGUGCAAGUCAACGAGAAUACAUCAAGUGGUAUAAAAAAAUCCGGAUCGUCGUCGACUUUUCCGAGAAUACUUCAACUAAAGCUGCCUCUUCCGGCCAAAGCUCUGGGCUCUCACCUACCACUUCCGACAUAUUUGAGAGGUGUCCUCAGUUCCGAAUUCUGGUAAUAGGAAAGACAGGUGUUGGCAAGUCAUCACUCAUCGACCACGUAUUUGGAGUAGGCAAACGAACAGUGAGCAAAACAAUCGUUGAGCACGAUAGGCCAGGCGAGGCUUGCAUCGACGAUGAGUUCACCUCGCGUGAGAACGACAGGUUCGUUCUCCACAAUAGCAAAGGUUUCGAACCAGGGGAAGAAAAAAACCUCAAAAUAGUCCAAGAUUUUAUGGAACGUCGAAAGAACAUGCCAGAUUUGAAGGAUCAGCUGCAUGCUGUUUGGCUUUGUAUUCAGAUACCCCGUGCGGGCGGACGUUUGCUGGAGACAGGAACGGAGGAUUUCCUGAAAUCGAAACUUGAAGGAACCUUGGGAAACGUUCCCGUUAUCGUCGUCCUUACUAAAUACGAUAUACUCGUCGAUCGCGUGGAGCGAACUCUAAAUGAAGCCUCUCUCGAUGGAUUGAGCGAAAAAGCUAUUCAAGAACUCGUCAAGGAAGGAGCAGAAACAGAGGUGCAGAACACCUGCAUCGGACCUCUCGAGGAAUUCACAGGGUCUGAUAUUCCCUAUGCCACGAUCUCCACCGCAAAAGGCUACAAGGAGACACUCACCGGCCUGAUCCAAAAAACUGAAACCUGUGUCAAUUUGCAUCUUGAGCCCGAUGCCGCGGUGAUGACCUCCGUCGCUCAGCGAGUGCAUCCUGGACUCAAAAUAAAGGCAUUGAUUAAGAUUGGCAAACAAAGAUAUUGGAAUGCGCUCAUGUCAUGCCCAACGUUCAAGAACAACCAGAUGAAGGAUUGUCUGCGUGUGCUUCAUAACGACAUUGUCGACGUGUGGAACUUCCGUGAUCCUCAUAAGUACUUGCGCAGCCAACAGUUCAGGGAUUUGAUGAUGACAAUGGUCGAUAACAUACAAGCUGAAUCCACCACCACGUCCAUGACAUUUGGGUCGCCGGACCAUCGUAGUACCAAUCGCAGCAGUCGCCGUAUUCGUCGCACAAUGGGACAUCGACACUUCUUUUUCAGCGACGUGGUGCUUCAGCGCUUGAUGGCCUACAUCAUGCACUUGACGCUUGUGUUGCAGACACGUUUUUUCGUGUCAAAAAGCCGGGUACUCACUCAUAGGGCCAUCAAACUCGCGGUCAAAUCCUACCUCGCCUCCCCAAUAAGGGAAGAGGUUCUUACUCGGAUUCAGGAUUAUGUCCAGGGAUUGGCUAUCUUGGCACACGCGGAUAAGGAUAUCUUGGAUAAAAUCGAAGAGAUGAUGCAAUUUUACGAGAUGGAUGCGGCACAAGUGUCCGAGCUUGAGGCAAAAAUCCCCGAUGUAGAUUUGUUACCAGACGAGCCAUGGUAA